CCGUCUCACCCGUGGUCUACCAUGGUCCCUGACGAGUCAAAGCUGGCGAGCGCACGGGCACUAGAGGAAUAUCCUGUCGUACGAGCUUUUGUUUUUGAGUCGAGAGGUUUCUUCUUUCCUCUCUCGAAUUGCGAGUCCCUCCUUUAUACCCCCAUCCCCACCCUUUUACUCCAUCCCACCUUCAGGAAAGGUGAUGGAUUAACUUCGUCGAAGCGCUGGUCGCCAUGACAGCUUCUGAGCAAGCGGGGUCGCUAUUCACCGGUUGGAUACGAUCGUGCUGGUCAUGCUUGUCACCAGGAGAGAAGGGUCAGGAUGCCUUGCCAAGUGAGAGUUAUGGUGUCAAGCGGGAGAUGGAAGUAUGCCAUUCUCAACCGCAUCUUGUGCCCCCUAUGAAGCUGAAGGUGUACGAUGAUCUCCCCAAUCCGAGAAUAAAUCACACUCGGAACUCGCACUCCUUGUCGUCAUGGCUAGAGGAGGGUCGGAAUCUGGCUUCAAGGGCAUCGAACCGGGCAAGUCUGACUACGUCUCGAAGGAGACACCCAAGCACGCCGUUGAAAAUCAGUGGCCCUUCGGAUUUCCGUCGAGUGGAAUCCUUUCAUGAUUAUGUUGCUGUUGUUGGCAGAUACCAACCACUUGAUCUGAGCAUCCAUCGGUCGGGUCACCGAUUGUCAGAUCUACCCUCGUUUGAUUCCUUCCAGCUAGACGAGGAUCAUCAGUUCCCCGUGCUGGCAGUGCCACCCCGGGCUCUCUCACAUCAAAGUAUCCGUCAUCGACGAUGUGUGUCAACUGCUUCUGUAUUCACUGUAUCUCGAAAGCCCGUUGGCUCAGGGGAUCGCCGUUCUCUCGGAAGCGUGCGUCUCACAAUCGAGCCCGAAUAUCAGAAGCCGGUUCACAUUGCAAGCCCUUUGGUGCCUCAUUUCUCUGUUAUCACCCCUGUCAAAGUGAAAGCAAACGAUAUCCUUCAUCCAAAGGGACCUUUACCGGCGUCUGCGUUACGACACAACAGAACCAACUCGGAAGAGAGCAAGCUCACCCUGGAUACCGAUAUCUUAUCCGACAACUCCAGUGAUGCCCAAACACCACGAGCAGUUCAAGACCUCCCCCAGACCCCAGUGAGAUGGAGGGAUCCGGAGAACACAUCAAGCCAGCACUCGCCGAACGAAUCCUCAUUCUCAUUCCUUAGAGAUUCUCCCUCGGCAUCUAGCUCAAUCACGUUCCCAUCCCGGCUAUCAUCAUUGCGCCGUCCUUCCUUCACACCAAGCGACUACCGUAAGACCGUCUCAUCCGUGCCCCUUCCAGACCGUGUCUCACAAUGGUUCUGCCGAGAGCAAGACACCUCGCCCAAACCAAUCUCCCUUGAUGGUGAGAAUGAAUUUGAGUGGGAACGAACUCGCACGUUGAGUGGUACUACCGUUGGCUCAACCAUUACCACCAUUACUGGCGGUGCCAAGUCACGUCCGCCCAAUUUUUCUAUCUCCAGUUCAUUUGCGGGCAGUCCUACUCCGCGAGCCUCGCUGCAUAAACCAUCUAUAAGCAGGGAAAAGGAGCUCGAGUCGGAGAUUUAUCAUCCAACGAACUAUGAAGGUCGGCUGCAACGUCACGGGUUCGCGUCUCGCCAUGGCGAGCCCAUUUUGCUACCGGAGGCUACUAUCGGUGUCGCUUUCUAG